AAGAGGAUGAAGCACUAAACGAGCGCGUAAUCUAUGCACAGGUUAUCAUGUUUGAAGUUAUUCAGGUGAAGCUCACUUGAAUAUAGCCUUGGCGAAUACAGCUUCUGAUCGGUGGGGCGGAUGGGACAACACCGCUAAUGAAGAGGCUACAUCUAAACAGUUAGAUGGGACAAAGAACAUGGAUGGAUUUUACGACCAAAAAGUACCUCUCAAUAAACCACAUGGGAAGACUUCUGGUGAGAAACCAGUCAAUGACAGAAAGCAAAAACACAUUCAAUCUAACCUGGCAUUUGGCACAGAGGAUCUCUUUCAGGACCUCUAUCAGUUACCGGAGACCUGGCUCUGUUCAGUCAGUUUAAAGGUCUCUCCAGUGCUGAAGAUUUAUUGUUUCCAUUACCCGCUGUUUUGGAUAAGUUGGAUUGGUUUUAUAGUCCACCAUUUUGCCAUCACUGUGGACUUUUUUCUUCAUUUAUUUAUUUUCUAAUGGCAAGAUUGGCUGAUUUUUGGGUAAUUCGAACAAGAUGCUUCAGGACAUAAGCGCCAGCGUCUUCUUUCCUACCAGCUUGCAGCGCAGACCCGUAGCUCUGGAGAAUGAUGAACAGUUUGUUCCAGACUUUCAUAGUGAGAACUUGUCAUUCCACCACCUGCAUCUGAAAAUUAAAACAGAGCCACAUAGCCCCUGUGCAAAACUCAGUACAUCCUGCAGCCACGAGCCAUCGUACAAGCUGCAUUAUGGGGAGAAGUGCCUGUAUAAUAUCAGUGCCUGUGAGCAAAAGCAUAUUGCAGGCAUGAAGGCGACUAAUCCGGUGCCUCCACCCAGCAGCACUCCAGUGUCCCCCCAUCAUGCAUCCCCCAUAACAUCCAACCCUAAGCCAGACAGGACCUUCCCUCACGUAGCUACUGCGCAAGCUACUGACAGCACAUAUACCAUGGAACACAGGUUCCGACGUCAGCUUUCAGAACCAUGCCACUCCUUUCCUUCACCGCAAAGUCUGCCUCGUGAUGGGCGCCCUAUGUGUCAUCGGCAGCUAUCUGAACCCAGUCUCCUGUUUGCCCCCCAGGGCUUCAAGCAGGAGUACCACGAUUCCUUGUUUGAACAUCCCAUCAUGGCAGGUGCCCCUCUUCCCCAGAUGUUUCAUCCUUCUAUGAUCAUAAAACAAGAGCCACAAGAUUUCACUUAUGACUCAGAAGUGCCCAGCUGUCAUUCUGUAUGUCUGAGACACGAGGGGUAUCUGCCUUACCCUAACAGGACUGAAGGUUGCAUGUUCGAUAAAGUGACACGACACUUCUAUGACGAUACAUGCGUGGUGCCAGAAAAAACAGAGGGUGAUAUCAAGCAGGAGGUAGGGCUGUAUCGUGAAGGACCCACCUACCAGCGCCGUGGCUCUCUACAACUUUGGCAAUUUCUGGUGGCUCUGUUGGAUGAUCCGUCAAAUUCACACUUUAUUGCCUGGACUGGGCGUGGUAUGGAAUUCAAGCUCAUAGAGCCAGAAGAGGUUGCCCGACGAUGGGGGAUUCAGAAAAAUCGCCCUGCAAUGAAUUAUGACAAACUCAGUCGUUCAUUACGUUAUUACUAUGAAAAAGGGAUCAUGCAAAAGGUGGCUGGGGAGAGAUAUGUCUACAAGUUUGUGUGUGACCCAGAAGCACUAUUCUCCAUGGCAUUCCCAGACAAUCAACGGCCUGUCUUGAAAACAGACGUGGAACGCCAGAUCAAUGAGGAAGACACUGUGCCACUGUCACACUUUGAUGAGAGCAUGGCAUAUAUGCAGGAAGGAACAUAUUGCAGCUCACGUCCCUACAACGAAGGCUAUGUCUACUGAUGCCUGUUGACCACAAACAUUUAUUUUCUGCUAUGAUGACUAAGACCAUUUGAGAGACAAAAGAGCAUUCACAAAUUCUUUCUACUGUCUCCGUCUCUCUCUAUGUCUGCCCUGGUGCUGUACCCUCAUCCCUUCUACAAUGACAACCAGGACUCAGCAAGCACUUUAGAAACAGUGACUGUGAGGGUGUAACUCACUCAUAGAGCAAACUGUUCACUCAAUCUUUCUGUCUGUGUGGAAUUAAAAUGUUACUGAGAAAGACAGCGGUUACAGCAUGCCACAUAUGCCACAUCACCAGAAAAAAAAAAAAAACAUCCCCGAGAAAAGCAUUCACACAAAUGUAUUUCACUGUUUCCAGUGUUUUCUCUACUGAUUUUCUUAGUUGUAUCAUAAUAUGUGUAAUAUACAAUGAUUUGUCAUGCGCUGCUGUGAUCCAAGUUGCAUUCAUCUUUAUGUGAAAUGAGUUCAAAUCAAUUGUGGUAAACUGAAUGCGACAGUUUCAUAAUAUAAUUCCACAAAUAAAACUACUGAAAAAUCAA